AUGGCCGCUACAAGCGCGCUGCUGCCUCCCAUCACAACUCUCCCAAAGCAACAGCUCUCGCCAUUCUACCCCGCAACGAAGCCACGACUAGCAGGCCGGUGGAGCAAGAAGAGGGCGCUGAGGACGACCUGUGCCACUGGACUCGAGGACUUCAUCGGAGGAGACUUGGUGAAGUUCGAUUUGGGCCAGUGGCUGUCAGACGUCGAAGAGCACAAGGCCCUGGCCAUCUACUCUCCCCACGAAGGAGGCUACGAGGGCCGCUACCUUACCCGGCUCCGGUACCAGGGCUACCAAUUCCUCGACCUCUCCGCGCGCGGCCUCGGCGAUCCCGAGACCACUCUCACCAAGAUCCACCCCGUUUGCCCGGCCCACGUGGGGAAGCAACCAAUAGCGAGGUGGUAUUUCCCACCCGAAGUGGAUUACAGGCUCUCGUUGCUGCCUCCGGGUGCCAAGGGCUUAGUGGUUUGGAUAAUUGAAGCCAAGGUUUUGUCCAGGGCAGAGCUGCAGUUUCUAGCUUUGCUUCCCAGUCUCCGGCCUAACGUCCGGGUCGUUGCAGAAUGCGGGAACUGGAGAAAAUUUGUGUGGAAGCCACUCAAAGAAAUUGCAGGAUUGCCUACAAAGGAAGGGGCAAAUCAACAGUUACCAAGCUGAGAAAGUUUUUGUUAGAAGCAAUGCUGACGGAAAUUGUUCUAAAAUUAUUAUUGUAGUGAGAUAUUAAUUCUAAAAUUGCAAUGUUUACAUGUUAAUGAUCAAUUAAUUAGAAUGAAUGCCAGUGUACAGAACCAACUAUGCUGAAAUAAUAUUGUAAUCUGAAUUAUAUUACAA